UUCCUGCGGCUCUGCGCAGUGACGGAGAAGCGGGCUGCAGCGCGUCUGUGUGCGGAGCUCCGCCCUCCCUGCGCACUGCGGCCCGCCCAGCGCCCGCUAACUCCCGCUCCAGCCCUGCCCGAGUCUGGGGGAAUCCGACGGCCUGCCUGCGUGCCUGGGGAAAAUCUGGAGGCCGCCCCGCGCAUCGAUCUACGUUGUGCCGUGGCAAAUGAAGAAUAAAGACGAUGGAUGAGGAGGUGACCAGGCUUGCUCUCCGUUCCCAAGAGCCAAAGAUUAUACUGCAUGGCUCAGAUGAGGGCGGAGCUGGGGAGGAGGAGUACGUGGUGGAGCUGCAGGAGACUGUGCUGGUGUCUGAGGUGGAGGGCGAGGCCGCCUCCGUCCAGGGCUUCUCCUCCGACGAGCUCGUCAUCCAGGACGCAGUGGAGGAUGUGGUCGCUGAGUACGUGCACUGCGAUGAUGACGAGGGUGUUGCUGUGGAGACCUGUGUGAUGUCACUGGAGGGGGAGGAGGAAGAGGAGGAUGGUGUUGCCAUGGCAGAGAUGACGGAGGAUGUUCUGGUGACGGAGGGCAGGGAUGCUGAGCACGACUCGGACGGCUGCGGAGAUUACCUCAUGAUCUCCUUGGACGAGGCGGGGAAGAUGGUGUCUGGAGACGGAGACGAGGUGACCGUCGAGGGGGCGAUAGAUGACCAGGAAGUGGAGAAGGACGAGGACGGACAGGAAGUCAUUAAAGUUUACAUCUUUAAAGCAGACUCGGGAGAAGACGACCUCGGAGAGCCGGUGGAUCUGGGUGAGAACGAGGCGGUGGCUCUGGCUGAGCCUGUGGUUCGUCCGCUCAGAGAGAAGAUGGUUUACAUGUCUGUGGGAGAUGCUCAUCACACACCGACUGAUGGAGGAUCGAAGCUCUCAGACGAGGUGUACAUGGAGGUGGUGGUGGGAGGAGAAGAGCCGGUUCCUCACGACAGAGCGUAUGACAGCACGGCCCUCAGCAAGGACUUCAUGCCCGUCGCGUGGGCCGCUGCAUACGGUGCGGAUGAGGGCUGUGAGAACCGUAAUGGAGCAGCGAGCGCAUUACUGCACAUUGACGAGUCAGAUGCACUGGACAAACUCAACCGGCAACACGGCAAGAACAAGAGACGAGCUGAACCCCGACAGGUCCAAACAGCGAUCAUCAUCGGUCCGUAUGGACAGCCUCUGACCGUCUAUCCCUGCAUGCUGUGCGGCAAGAAAUUCAAAUCCCGCGGCUUCCUCAAGCGCCACACUCGCAACCACCACCAGGAUGUGUUGACUCGCAAAAAAUACCAGUGCACGGACUGCGACUUCACCACCAACAAAAAAGUCAGUCUGCACAACCACAUGGAGGUGCAUGCGCUCAGCAACAAAGCACCGUUUGAAUGCGAUACCUGCGGUAAGGAGUUCCACCAGCAGGCGGCGCUGUUCUCGCACCGUCUCCAGCACCACCAACAGGAGCAGAAAUCGCCCACGGCCAUCGCGUCGCCUCUUCCUCCCGCCGCCGCGAACAAGACGCACAAAUGCAAGUUUUGUGAUUAUGAGACUGCCGAGCAAGGGCUGCUCAAUCGCCACCUGCUGGCCGUGCACAGUAAGAGCUUUCCGCACAUUUGUGUGGAAUGCGGCAAGGGUUUCCGCCAUCCGUCAGAGCUAAAGAAACACAUGCGCACACACACCGGCGAGAAGCCGUACUCGUGCAUGUACUGCGAUUACAAAUCGGCCGACUCGUCCAAUCUGAAGACGCACGUGAAGACGAAGCACAGUCGCGAAUUGCCGUUUCACUGCGAGCGCUGCGGCCAGACCUUCGGCGAGGAAGAUGAGCUGACGCAGCACGCGGCUACACAUGAGGACGCUCGGGGACACCAGUGCAGCCACUGCGACCAUCGCAGCUCCAACUCCAGUGACCUGAAGCGACACGUCAUUUCCGUGCACACUAAAGACUACCCGCAUAAAUGCGCUGUCUGCGGGAAAGGCUUCCACCGGCCGUCCGAGCUUAAGAAACACUCGGCGUCGCAUAAAGCCAAGAAACUGCACCAGUGCCGCCACUGCAACUUCAAGAUCGCAGACCCGUUCGUUCUCAGCCGCCAUAUCUUAUCCGUUCACACUAAGGAACAGCAGCAGCCGGCGCAGUCGCCAACUCCACCCACUCAGGCGUCGCCACCACAAGCCCCGCCCACAGAAAAGCCCGCCCCUAAGAGGACUAUAAGUGCGGCACAGUUAGCAGCACCCGCUGUAAAGAAAUCCGGCGGCUCGAAGGGCCAGCGAGAACGGAGGGUGUAUCAAUGUCAAUAUUGCGACUACAGCACAGGAGACGCGUCUGGCUUCAAAAGACACGUUAUUUCCAUCCAUACUAAGGACUAUCCGCAUCGCUGUCAGUACUGUUCGAAGGGCUUCCGGAGACCUUCGGAGAAAAACCAGCACAUUAUGAGGCACCAUAAAGACAUGGUGCCAGCAGAAUGAGCUCCUCCUCUUCCGUAAACACACUAAACAGCCAGUGAUUGGAAAUCGCCAUCCUUCAUUUUGGCAACCUCCGUAUUGGGCUUCUUACCAAGACCCCUCAUGCAUAGCAGUGUGUGUGUUGUGUUUGUAUGCGAGAGAAAAGGGUUUGGUGACAUAGUGCUUUCACGUUGUUUAUGAUCACAUGGUCUCUCCAGUCUUAAAGGAACAGUUCAGCCAAAAACCAAAAUUCGGUUGUUAUUCAUUCACCCUCGUGUCGUUUUCAAAGCUGUAUGCAUUUCUCUGUUCUGCUAAAGAAAGUCGGCAUUUAGUUCUCAUUGACUUCUAUUCUUUAGGAACACAAAUGAAGAUAUUUUGAAUAGUGUUGGUAACCGAACAGUUUCAGUUCUCGUUGACUUCCAGUGGAAAUAACUAAACUGUUUUGGUUCCCACUGAUGUACUUUGUAACACAAAAAAAGAUUAUUUGAAGAAUUUGGGUAUCCAUACUCUUUCUGUUUCCAUUGACUUCCAUUCUAUCUUUUGUUCGUACAAUGGAAGUCAAUAGGAACAGAAACCAUUUAGCUGCUGGGUUUCUUCAAUAUGUCUUCCAGAAUAGAAAGUCGAACACAUUUUGAACAUCAUAAAUGAUGACAGAAAAUAGUUUUUUGUGUGUGUGAAAUAUCCCUUUAAAGGAACAGUUCACUCUAAAAUUUAAAAUGUGAAAAUAAUUUACUUGCUCUCAUGUUGUUUAAAAUUAGCUUGACAGAUUUUCGGCCAAGGAACGUAAAAAAAACAACUGAUUUUUUGUUAUAAUAUUAUCAUUAUAAUAAUGUAUUAUGAAUAUUAAAAUAAGACUUUCUGAAGUCUUCUGAUAUAUUUGUGUGAGGACUGACCCAAAUUUAAGUUGUUGUUCAUUGGAAAUCUUCCCCUUCACUUUAGAAAUUAAUAAUAAUAAAAGCGUAUGACUAGGAGGGUGAGUAAAUAAUUUUUUUUUUUUUUUUGGCUGGACUAUUCCUUUACCUGUAGAUGUUUUAUGUUUUUCAAUGCAUUUCAGUUUGGUUUUGUCAUCUUAGUAGAUGAAACUUACAUGUGCAUCCAGCUUCUGGGAUCAGGUGCAUUUUCCUGAAGUGUUUCAGAGUCAUCGAGUAGCUAACAUAACCUCUCUGAAACGCUUUAUGAAUAUAAUGUGAUUGAUAUCAGUCUUGCACUUUAUUAGCAUGUCGGUCUGAUAGAUAGCUGUUUGAAAAACAUGGACACCAGUAAAUGUUUUUAAUAUUCAGAAACACGUCAGAAAGGUAGGUAUCAGGCUGUUUUUCAUUGGCACUGAGUACAUUGCUUUACUUUGAUAUCUGAUCUCUCAAACCUUUAAUCAUCGUAAAAAGUGCAUAUGAUCUGAUUUGAUGACGAUGAUGAGGGGAAAACAGAUGCAGCAUUAUCUAUAACCAUGAAUGAAAAAAAGCCAUUCAUGUCAUUUUUAUUUAAAGAUUUAUUCAGCACUAAAUUUCAUUAACUUCCUGGAUUGAGUCCAUGCAGCUCAUGAACAAAGUUGAUUUAUAAAGCAUCUCUGGCACCUCAGAUCUCAGGCAUUUUGGGUCUGUGAGACCAGAUAUAACCCCUUUAGUCUGUGUAAUUAUAAGAAAGCUUGAAUUCUUCGCUAAUAGGACAGAUUUUAAUCAUGCAAAGGUAAAUGUUUUCUCAUGUUCUACGUUGACUUCAAUGCAUUUCUCUUGGAUGUUUGGGACCACAGAGAUGUGUAGUAAAACUCAUGUAAAGAGCAUGUCUGGCUCAAAUCUAACCCCAAAAUUGAGAAAAACAACAACAUAAUAGCAUUUUCUUUUCUACUUUCAUGCUAAAUUAAAUACAAGUUGUUUUGCAGUAAAUAUUUUUUAUGUUACAGAUAUGUAAAUAACCAUCGGACAAUGAAUUAGAGUUAUUGGAACUAAAAAAAUGGUGUAAAAACUAUUUCCACUCUUUUCACAAUUAAUUACAAAAUAUCAGCAGGUAACACACUGAACCUCUGAAGUAGAAAGACUUUAAAUAGUAUUUUCUUGGAAAACUAUCUCUGCUAAAUGAUGUUUCUAUAUAUAUCUUUCAAAAAAAAUAAAAAAUGCCACUGUAUUUCCGUCUUGAUACUUCAGCAUUUCACGUUUACGUCAAUGUGUUAUUUUCUAUUUUUUUGGAAAUAUGUGCAAUUUACAGAGUGAAAAUUACUUUUGCACCAUUUUGUUUUGUAUAAAAAUCAAAUAAAAAAUAUUUAUUGCUACACAAUGAGUUGUAUUUAAAAUUUUACCACCGAUGGUUUAACAGUUCAGGUUUAAUAGGUUCAAAAUAUUAAUAAUAAUUAAAAUUUAUUUCGUUUCUGGGGUGAAAUUUGACCUGAGCCUGUAUCUAUUUUUUUUUUUUUUUUUUUUUGAGACUCUGCCAUAUGAAUUGUAAACAUACACUAUAUAAGAUUCAGUAUGCCAAUUAUGUGUACCAAAAUCAUGUUUUGAUAACCUUAUUGAUAAGUCAUCAUGCCAAUUUAAUUUCUCGUCAGGAUCCACAACAAGCUGUAUGAGUUUCAUUUGAAAAGGACAGCUACGAGGAGAUUACAGAUGAUGUGUAUGCGUGUGUGUGUAUGAUUAUGGUUGAUGAUUUUUCUGGUUUAUCUUUAAAGCAAUGCAUCAGAUAUGUUUGCCGUUGCCAAUAACCUUUCCACCAGGUGACCGCCUCGUCUUGGCGGCUUCGUAAGUGAUGUUCACAUACAGUCAGUGCAAAUAUACAAUAAUACCCACUAAUUGUCUUAAACAGUCGCUGUCAGACCUCACUGAAAGCGUGCUCUAGGCUGGCAUCCUUUACUCGUUACCAAAACAUGACCCAAAGCUGGAAUCGACAAGGCGAGUCGUCUUGGAAAUGCGCUGUUUUGUGUUUUUAGUCGAAUCAAAUUAUGCUUAUUCGGGUCACAACUCCACUAACCUGUGAUGGAUGAUGUCAUAUCCAGCUUUGCAUGUGAUUGGCCAGAGGUUUCCAGCGGGACUCGACCUGGAAGCACUGAAACAGCCUCCCAUUGUGUCCAAACAGCACCAUUAGCAAUGAUUAGCAAAAACGAUGCCAUCGGUCGGGAAGGGAAGCACUUCCCAGGCCUUUCCUCCCGCCCUCUCUCUCUCGCUCUCUCCCUGUGAUCAUUUUUAUACUGCAGAUAUUUAUUUGGUCACCGUUUAAACUUUGUUGUAUAGUUAAAUGUAAGUAGGAAUCUAUGGGACUAUAACUUAUUGUUUUGUACACUGAUCUGUAAAGAGAGAGUGUAGAUGUAAACACUUCGGAAAGAGGACUUCAGAACUUUGUGUUGUCAUGGAUGUAUCUUCACAUUUGUUUAAAAAAUGAUAAAAAAGGAAAUAAAAGGCAAAGUAUUUUCCUGCA